CGGAAUGGCACUCUUAGAAACGAGGAACGAACCCAGAAAGUGGUAACGAGUCUUCCAGUGUGUCUCAAAAUCUGAGCAAAUAUUAGCAGUACUCUAUGUCCAUAUUUUGAAAAAAAAAUCUGGGCCAAAAAGGCGACCGCAACGCAUUCAUGGUCUAAAUCACAAUCUAUAGCCGUGUGUCGCUCCGGCAGCCGCUACUGCUUCUCUGGAAAGAACGGAAAUCUGCAGAACUAAUCGCGAAGUUCGUUGUGAGUGCAACAUGCAUCGCAAAAUGUACAGCAAGACCAUCAUGCUGCGAAACGAGAAUGGUUUGUUCCCCGUGUGCCGCGAACCUUGUUUCUGAAACCAGCGCAAUCGUCCAAGAUGUACAUUGUUUCAUGUGCUCAUUCUGUGUAUGUGGCACUCGGGCCCCAGUCACGAAUCGAGCUCUGAGAAGGAGUCAAUGACAGUCUGAGUCUUUCUUCUCUCGUUUUCCUUGAUUCUCUUCUAGUCUGGCUGUGAAUCCCGCAACGAUGCCUCUAUCCCGCCGGCUUCCGUUUGAACUUUUCACAUUUUCGAAAGCGCUUACUAGCUAGCGAAUCCAGAAUCCCAAUUUGUGUAGGUCUGAUGUGGACUGAGCGUAGAACCUCCGUAAACGCAUCGAGAGGACGCCAGGGCGGAACUCCAGUUAUCCACGUUUCCCCUUUGUGCUGAACUCGUCUUCGUUUGUAUUUCAUUUUGUAUUUCCCCUUUGGCACUGCCAGCACAUCGGGGUUGCACAGCCAUCCUGUCAAAAAACGUGAGGACGCAAAGCUGUGUCUUCUGCUAGCGGCUGACUUUUGCUUUUGAAGACGCUCUUCUGUCUUCGCGUCGAUGAACGUGGAUUCCCCCUUUGUCAGGUAGGACCAACACGGUUUGCAAGCGAGUUCAACUUUUUUUCAUAUCCUAUGCACCGUGCAGCGCGCAAUCUGCAAUCCUCGGAUACAGCUGGGAAGGUCGUUUGAAUGAGCAAAGUGAAAGAACAGGAAAGCUAAUCCAUGUCCCCGUUAUAUUGCCCUUUUGCAGGUGCUUCGCCAUUUGAAGUAAGAGCGGACGUCGAGAAAAUGGGGGACCACACGAAUACGCCGCGCAUUCGCUGCUUUAUCUUUAUGCUCGCGCUGGUCAAUUUCGUCUCCUUUGCGGAACGAGUUGAUGCGAAAUCUGUACAAUCCCAAGCGGUCGAGGAUACAGCGGAGGCCACAUUCCUUCCAAUCCCUCGGGAGGCCGGCACCUGGCACGGAAGAGAACUGGAGAAAACACACAAAAACGACGAGGCAGAGCGCCACCAAGAUACAGAGCGUGACGAAAAGGACUUGCGUGAACAAGAAGACAAAGACGAGCAGUCCAAAGACGAGCGAGACUCUCGGUCCUCAGGACAAGAUGAUGGAAAACGAGAAUCGGAGGAGAAAGAGGAACUGGACUCUGAAAAACCCGAUUCUGACGAUGCAAGCCGCAAACCAUUCGACGCUGAAGCGGACCAAAGGGCUCGACACGCAACGUCUGUCACAUCAGAGUGUCUCAGGUUUCACAAUUUAUUUCGAGUCGGCCAACUUGAUGAAGAGGCUCUCGAGCCCCUUCAUGCCCAUGCUGGGAUGGACAGCUACGUGUUAGCCCUCAUGGAGAGACUGGCGGCGUCGAACUGCAGUCAGAGAGCCAUUCCGGAAAAUCUCCCGUUUGGGGUCAACGUUUACGCCACUACUGCAGCAACGCCGUCGUGUGUAAGGGCGUCACACUUGUGGUACAGAGGCAUCGACAGCUUUAAUGGACAGUACCCCGGCACAGACUGGCGACGAGGCACUGCCCUUCAGUUUGUUCAAAUGAUGUGGAGCAGCUCGGAGUAUGUGGCCUGCGCCCGUACAGAGAAUUGCACCCGGGGCAUGAAUCAACUCGUCUGUUUAUAUUAUCCUCCAGGAAAUGAUAUCAGAGAGGCACCUUUCAGCGAGGAAACAUGGAAUGCCAUCCUUCGGCGUCACCAACAAUGGCUAGACUAUGGUGCACCCGGCGGAAGAAGGGAUCGUCCUAAUGCAGCAACUUCCAACAACCCUCGGGAGGACGAUGAGGUGGAGACGCUUUAAUAGGCUUCACGCGAGUAAAGAACGGUCACAAAACAUACGUUUACGAGCAUUCUGGGUGAACGCUCCUUUUCACAUGAUGCUCCUUGUGCAGAAAGGGUAUGCAAGGACAUGUACAAAACUCAUAAACCUGCCCGCGUACAUAAAUGCAUGUGCAUGCAUAACGUCUGCUUGCGCAUGUAUACAAGUGCUGCGACUAUACGCGGCUUUUUCCUCUCUCCAAACACGUAAAUAUGGCGUUGUUUCAUGCGACUGCAGCCGCAAAAGGGAAACUUGCUUCUGUCGUCCACUGUCUCGGUCAUCCUUGGUCACGUUGGUCAACCAUUGCAGAAGCAGAGGUUCCGCACUUUCGUGAUUAUUUGAUCUUUUUUUGCGAGGAACACCUGAGAGCGAGCUGGUUGAUUCUGCGACAGAGAGAUGCAUAUGUAAAUGAUGUAUAUUCGACAUGCUCAUGAUGUGCAAGGUUGCGAAGUGUCAGAUUGGGUUGACUGUUUUUUGACGAAUUUUGCGCGGGCCAUGUCAAACCUAGGGCGUCGACUUUUUACCGCUCUUUCUUAUCUGCUUUACCUUCCACUAUACGUUUUUCUUUGCGAGUUUUGUACCAAACGCAUUGUGGGGGCGUAAACAGGCUCCUGCGGCUCCUGUAAAAACAUGGUGUAUUCGGGAAAUAUAUUCAUAAGUAUUUAUAACGGCACAACACAUCCAGGUUCACGUAUGUACAGCAAUUCGAAAGGGGGCAGGUUUCUCUGUCAGAUGAACUGAGACAUCCUACGGGUGCCGAAACUAGGUUUUUACAUCCAGGAAAUGUUGCCAGCUGUCUGUUUAGAAAUACCGCUUGAUGGGAACGGGUGUCCUGGAGAGGUAACUACAUUGCUCGUUGCAUGCAGCUGAUGCAUUUCGAGGCUAGGAUUCUGAAAGGUCUCGUGCCUUUUUUCCCACCGAUUUGGCGGGUGAACAGGCGUGUUCUCUAUUCUCUAAACAGAUCAGCUCUCGGCUGCAUCUGGAGAGACAAGAAAACAAACAGGGAAUCCUUGCAGCAGAUUCUCCGUGUUUUCUACACUCAACCUUUCUGCU